CUUCAUAAAACCAGUACCCCAACAAGAUAUGUCAAGGGAGAGCAAAAAAAGAAAAAAGAAAAAGAAAAACCACCGCACCUCCCGGCAACACCGCAUCGAACGCUUCUCCGGGAGCGUGUAGCUCACUCGCUGCUGUGGCGGCCAGUAUCAGGGAGAUCAACGCUCUAAAAUCUAGGCGUCUACUGGAAUUUGCGUCUAAGUUUCAGCUCACAUUCCUCAUUUUAUCUUCUUUUCUUCUGUACUUUCCAGUGGCGUACUAAUACUGGCUCGAAAAAAUGGAGGCGAGGAGAAAUGACAGUCCGGUAUAUACGCGCCAUUGGAGAACCGAAUCCGAAGUGCUAAAUCCUCCGGGAGCUGCAGCAUCUGCCGCGCGUCCACACCAUGUUCGCUCUUCCUCCGUCUCCGGCAUGUCCAGCAUUAAGCGCACUCAGAAUGUCGCAGCCAAAGCCGCUGCUCAACGGCUUGCUCAAGUGAUGGCCUCCCAAGCUGCCACCGGGAAUGACGAUGAUGAGCAAGAAGACAGUGAUGAUCUCGGCUUCCGAUUCGCUCCUCAGCCUCUAUCCAGAACUGCCUCCGGUCCUCCCCCCAACAAUAGAAUGAAUGGUGGUGCUGCCAAGGCAUCUGCUUCUUCUAGUAGGAUCAGUGCCAGAUCUUCUUCUCCGUUGCUAGCUAGGAAAGUGGUGGAAGAAGCUCCAUCUCUUCAGUCAAUGUCAGCUGGGAGACCUUUAAUGUCAACUCGUCCAGCACCAGCAGGACCAACUAGCCGGCCAUCUUCAAUGCCCAUACCACCAAUCGAUGCUCCUAUCAACAAGCCACAAGAGAAAAGAUUCUCACCAAAUAUGGGACAAGUAAAUUUAAACGAUACGAGAGAUCAGCAUGGCACAUCUACACUCCAUGAUGAAUUUGAUAUGCUACAAGAAGAAAAUGAGAAUCUUCGUGAAAAGCUUAGGAUUGCUGAGGAGAAUUUUAGACAAGCAGAAGCUAGAGUUAUGGAGUUCGAGAAGCAGGUUGCUGCUGUGGGAAAAGGAGUGUCGUUAGAAGCCAAGCUAUUGAACAGAAAAGAAGCUUCUCUACGCCAAAGGGAGGCUGCACUAAAAGAAGCAAAGUCAAAAGAGGGGGUGGAUGCAGAGCUUGCAACCCUCCGUUCUGGUGUAAUGAAUGCCAAAAGAGAAGCAGAUUCUGUUAAUGAUAAACUUCAAGGGACUCAAUCUGAAGUUAAAUCACUGCGGUCUAUGACACAAAGAAUGGUUCUAACCCAGAAUGAAAUGGAAGAAGUUGUUCUCAAAAGAUGCUGGCUGGCUCGCUAUUGGGGUUUAGCUGCUCAGUAUGGUAUCUGUGUGGAUAUUGCUGUCACAAAGCAUGAAUAUUGGUCAUCUUUCGCCCCUCUUCCUUUUGAAAUAGUCCUCUCUGCUGGGCAAAAAGCUAAGGAAGAAUACUCGCAAACAGGAGAUGACAAUCCAGAAAGGGGCAAGCAUGUUCAAGAUUUGAGUGAUCUGACUGGUGAAAGCAACAUUGAGACUAUGCUUUUAGUUGAGAUGGGAUUGAAAGAACUUACUACAUUGAAGGUUGAAGACGCAAUUGUAGUUGCACUGGCUCAACAACGGCACAUAAACUCUUCUAGAUUGUCAAUCUCAGAUCUCAAGUCACCUGCCGGUGAUCGCAAGUAUAUGGAAGCAGUUGAAUUGAGCCCCGAGGAGUCUGAGGAUGUGCUUUUCAAGGAGGCAUGGCUAACUUAUUUUUGGAGGAGAGCCAAGGCCCAAGGCAUAGAGGAGGAAAUUGCCAACAAGCGGCUUCAGUUUUGGAUAGGCCGUAGUUCGCAGUCACCAACUUCAUAUGAUGCUGUUGAUGUUGAGCAAGGCCUAAUGGAGCUUAGGAAGUUGGGCAUUGAGCGACGACUAUGGGAGGCAUCUCGUAAAGAAACUGAGCAUCACGACUCUUCUCUUACUGGAAAUUAAUAUACCCCAUCAGACAAUGAAAGAGUUCCCAGGAAUCAGCUUGUCCGCAAAUUAUUGUAUGUAUAUAGUUAUUCACUUCUUUUCCUUCCCACAUCAUUUCAUCGCCAAACAAAUGUUGUUUUUGUAUGUUAAUAUAAACUCAUUAUUACUACGUUUCUCAGUCUCUAUUUAGAAUUCCUCAGAAAGAUACAAGGGUGUAGUGAAAUCUUCAUCUGAUCUAUUGAGUUAUUUGAAGAUUUACAAGUAAUAUGUCCAUGUUUUUGGUGGAGCGUUG